CAAAAGAGUACCUGACAAAUAGAAAACAGUGGCAGCUUCGUUAAAUUUCUUCUUCCUCUUCUCCAUCGUUGUUUAUUUAGCUGAAAGUGAUAGUGAAGAAGAGGUUUUCGAAAAUGGCGAACGUUGUGGCUCGAGACGUAGAUGAAGAACUCUCUCUGUUCCUGGAGAUGCGAAGGCGCGAGAAGAAGGUUCAAGGCGUUUCUUCUCUCUCAGAGCCUGGAACAAACAGUGUUGACGAGACUACUACCACAGAGAGUUUAGUGUCAACAACCACGAGAUACGUUCAUCAGCGUAGGAGCGCUAUUGAAAAGUUCUUGGACUCCGAGAACAACAAAUCUGAUUAUGAGUGGUUACUUGCUGCUCCAGAGACACUAGGUGAGAAGAAAGAAGCGCAAGAGAACUCUAUGGUUCAACCUAAGCAGCCUAAAGCAGCUAGGUCCACUGCUCUAAAACCACGGGUCGAAAACAUUCAGCAAGAGCCUGUGACGUUGAGCGUUAAGGCUUCCAAGCAAAUCCCAAGAUUGGUUUCUUCAACACCUGUAAGGAAACAAUCCAACACCAUUGCAGAACCAAAAACAAAAAGUAAGCCUUCAAGACAAGCCACCCCAACUCCACGAACCACAUCAUCUUCCACAAGACCAACCAACUCUGCUCGGAAUCCGAGUCCAGUUUGUAAAGCCUCUUCAAUCAAAUCAAACCCACGAGCAUCUUCCUGUACACGUUCAUCCUCUGUGGGGAAGUCUGCUCCUACUGCGGCUAAGUCAACAUCUUUAACAAUCCGUGAAAUACCAGCUAGACCUGUCUCAGCUUCCAGAGGCAGAGGAUACAACAGCUCUGGUGGGAGAUCGUCCAAGACUAGCGAUGAUGUGAACCCUGUUUUGAUGGGGACUCAAAUGGUGGAAAGAGUGGUGAACAUGAGGAAACUACCACCUCCGAAACAUGACGAUAAGAUGAACUCGGGAUUCGGGAGAACUCUCUCUAGGUCGUCUCUUGAUAUGGCCAUGAGGCACAUGAACAUAAAGCAUAGCGUUCCGGGGAAUCUACGGGUAACAAGCAUUGCAACAAAGUCAAUGUUGGACAAGAAGGAGUCAUCGCCAUCCUCUUACUAAUAUUGUUAGUUUUGUAAUCAAAGUCCUAAGAUUGACCUAAACAAGAUUUAGACAGUGUAAUCAUUUCAUAUUAAUAUUGUUAGUUUUGUUUAA